CAACCCAUUCCUCGUCAAGCUGAUGUCCAUGAUCCGAGGGAUGUCGGUGGAGUUCGCUUCCUUCGCCGUCUACCUCUUCCUCGCCAUGUCAGCAUUCGGCGUCUACGGUUAUCUCAAGUUCGGCCUUAUUGUGAAGGAGUAUAGCACCAUCAGCAAGUCCUUCUCCACUCUGUUCCAAAUGACUCUUGGAAAUUUCUACUACUACGAGCUGCGGGAGGCAUCCCCCAUCCUCGGCCCCAUCUACUUCAUCACUUACAUCUGCAUAAUCUUCCUGGUGCUGAUGAACAUCGCCAUGGCGAUCAUCGACAGCGCCCUUCCCGAUGUUCGGAACCACAUCAUGUCUGAGGAUGACCAGUACUUCAUCCAGGGGUUGUGGGAACGCUUCACGGCCUUCUUCGGCUUUUGGAAGGUGCCAGUCGCAGAAAACAACUCCUUGGACACUCUUCAUGACAGCCUGGUCGAGGUGGAGAUUAAAGUGAAGAAACUGUGGCUGCAGAGGCAGUUGCUCUUCAACCUCGAGAUGAAGGACGCAGACCUCCCCGCAGAGCCUGAGUUUGUUCCGACUGUCAAAGAUGUUCCCGAUGCUACAGCAGUGGAACUUCAUGUCCCCAAAGGAGGCUGCCGCAUCAUCGCGGUCCGUCCUGCAUCCCCAAACAACUGCACAGGCGACAGCAGUCAAGCGAUCUGCUCCGACAGCAAGGCGCCAGUGGUGGUGGUGGCAUCCGGGUCUCUGCCAAAAGAGGACACCCAGGAAAGCCACCAAACCAAGCAAGCCAUGAAAAUAAUGUCAAUUGUCAACUUGAGCGCAGGUGACAAGGCGGUUCUGACAAGCAACGAGAUGCUGACAGACGACCUCAUCCAGGCUGCCCAGAGGCUGCUCCACCACCAGUACCCGGCACUCCAAGGCCUGGAAGCCCCUACAGUUGGUCUCUGCGAGGACGGGUUUGCCAAGAUGACAGGAAAGGGGCUACAAAUCCACCACAACAGAAGAGCGCACUGGGUUCUGUCGUCUUACACAGACGGACAGGUGCGCCUGUAUGACAGCAUUGGCGCCGACAUGACCACAUAUCUGCAGGUCCAGCUUUACCAGACCUACGCCGCGUUUGCCGACCAAGAGAGGAACGUCCUGACCAUCAUCCUACCAGAGGUACAGCGUCAGAAGAAUGUCUUUGAUUGUGGGCUGUUUGCCAUCGCCUGGGCAGUGGACAUCGCACAGGGGCGAGACGUGAGCAGCAUUGCGUAUGACGACAGGAAGAUGAGGAGCCAUUUGAAGAAGUGCUUCGAACAAGGGAGGCUCACACCAUUUCCUCAUCUGACCAGCCAGAGGAAGAAAGUCGGUUUCACCAGGGUCAGCAGAAUCUCGCUGGUUUGCUGCUGCAAGCAGGAGGAGGGACUGGGAAGGAUUGAGGCGUGCAGGGCAUGCCAGAGGAUCUUUCACGUCAGCUGCCUGCCAGUCAACCCUCCCAGUGAUGGCACAUGGAAAUGUGGAGACUGCGCCGUGUAAAGUACAAAAUGCACUGUAAAAACUGGUUAACAUCUGGAUAAACUGUUUGCCUCCUGGUGGAAGGAAAGAAAUAAUAGAAA